CCUCAAUCUUCUUUCAUUUUUCAUUUGCUAGUCUUCAUGGGCGAUCGAGAAAGAGACAGGGAGAAGCUCUGAACCGGAAAAACACCUCUUCCAUCUCUGUUUUCUUCUUCGUUCUCCGUCUUCAAGGUCGCCAGUGUGGGUUUGUGCCGCUGCUGUUCCGUCGAGCUUACAACUUCUUCCUCUUCUGUUCUCGUCACAGAACCUCUUUUCUUUCCUCCUUCAUUCUGUUCGAUCGAGGGUGAUGAGCGCGCGAAGAACAGGGCUGUUGUUAGAGGUAUGAUUGUGUUACUUCUAUUCCUGUUUAUUACACCAACUCCUUCUUCCGUCCCCUGUCUCUCGCUGCAGAAUUUUCUGCUUCUCUCUCGUUCGUGCAGCGGCAGAUUUAGGCGCUGAGCUCUUAUUCCUCCCUAUUUGACUGGCCAGAAUUUUCUUUCAGCUUCCGCCAUUGUUGAUCUAAGGUUCUUUACACAAAUUUGUGAUGGAACAUCUAGCUGGUGGGACAGACUCAUCAAACAAUGCAAAUGAACUAGAAGUAACUAAUUCUCAACUCAUUAGUGGCCUUCCAGACGAUAUUUCUCUUUUCUGCUUGGCAAGAGUUCCUAGGAAGUAUCAUUCAGUUCUGAAGUGUGUUUCAAAGCGAUGGAGGGAUUUAGUUUGCAGUGAAGAGUGGCAUUCCUAUCGUCAAAAGCAUAAGCUUGCUGAGACCUGGAUCUAUGCUUUAUGCAGAGAUAGGUUCAAAGAAAUCAGCUGUUAUGUUUUGGAUCCAACCUCAUCAAGAAGGUGCUGGAAGCUCUUGCAAGAGCUACCGCCUCAUUUGUCAAAAAGAAAAGGAAUGGGUUUUGAAGUUUUGGGGAAGAAGCUAUUCUUGUUGGGUGGCUGUGGCUGGUCUGAAGGUGCUACUAAUGAGGUCUAUGCAUUUGAUGCCUGCUUGAACUCUUGGAUUGAAGCUGCCCCUCUGUCAACUGCGAGGUGCUACUUUGCUUGUGAAGUUUUGGAUGAAAAAAUCUAUGCUAUUGGUGGUUUAGGUUCAAACUCAAGUGAUCCUCAUUCCUGGGAUACUUACGACCCUUGUAUAAACAGCUGGAAAUCUCACAAGGACUCUAACAUUGUCCCUGAAAUUGAAGACUCAGUAGUUAUGGAUGGUAAAAUAUACAUCAGAUGUGGCACAUCUCCUGUAACUUCCCAUGUAUAUGCUGUUGUAUACGACCCAUCAAAUGGCACAUGGCAGCAUGCUGAUGAGGAGAUGGUUUCAGGUUGGCGAGGUCCAGCGGUUGUUGUUGACGGGGUACUUUAUGUAUUGGAUCAGAGUUCAGGAACUAGGUUAAUGAUGUGGCAGAAGGAGAAGCGUCUGUGGAUGCCGGUCGGCAAGCUGUCACCCUUGCUUACAAGGCCUCCUUGUCAACUUGUUGCUGUUGGCAAGAGCAUUUUUGUUGUUGGGAAGGGGCUGAGCACAGUCGUUGUUGAUGUUCGUGAUGUAGGGAAUAUGGGAAAGGUGAUGGUGGGUUCUUCCAUACCCAAGUUGAUUUCUUCUGACGAUGAUGUAAUUAGUUGUAAAUGCUUGGCAAUCUAAGGAUUUAGUUCUUCAUAAUGUGUAUUAUUGCGUUAAAGAAAAGUUGCAUUGAUGUUGCGCAAUCUCGUCUUAUGUAUGUUGUUACGUUGUGACCUGAAUUGUCUCUGUAGUAGAUAUCAUUGUGUUAUAUCCGUGUGACUAUCAUGCCUAUUUGAUUUCAUGUUAUAUUCUUCA